AUGCCUUAUUCCAACAAGUCCAGCACACAGAGCCUCAGUGACACGGGCUACUCGUCAGAUGGGAUAUCCGGCUCCAUGGGCGAGAUCACAGGCCAGAUCCAGGAGGAUCCGGGGUUGAAGCUGAGUGAACGAGGCCCCUCUAGCCCCUCUGAGAUAACCAAGCUGGAGAGCUCCAUGCGGCCGCUGCUAGAAUCAAAGUCCAAGGAGGCUGCAGACCAGGGCCGGGGGAGGCCUCACUCUCUGUCCAUUGGCCAGGACGAGGAGUACAACUCGGAUGGGGAAGUGUCGGACGAUCUCAGCUCAAAGCUGCGACACGACUAUGUGGAGGACAGCAGCGAGAGUGGUCUGUCCCCCUUACCGCCCAGGCAGAAGAAGUCCCAUAAAGAAAUGACAGAUGAGGAGUUCAUGAGGAGGCAGAUCAUGGAAAUGAGUGCUGACGAGGAUGAGAUGGAGGAGGAAGAAGGGUACGGCUACCAGAAAACAAAAAACAAAAAGGAUUUGGGGAAGGAGAAACGACGCAGCCUCACCCACCAUUCCAGUAGUUUUGAAGAGGACACCAAGGGCGCUGAUGGUGAAGAAGAUGAAGGUAUGAUGGCUUCCCAAGGAGGCCUGCGGCGGUUUAAGACCAUCGAGCUGAACAACUCAGAGCAUGACCUCAGAGAGCCAGAGCUGGAGAUGGAGAGCCUGACUGGAUCACCAGAGGAGCGGUCGAGGGGGGAGUAUUCCUCCACCCUACCUGCCACCACUCCCAGCUACACCUCCGGCACGUCCCCUACCUCUGUGUCCUCCAUGGAGGAUGACAGUGACAGCAGCCCCAGCCGCAGGCAGAGACUGGAAGAAGCCAAGCAGCAGAGGAAGGCUCGCCACCGCUCCCAUGGCCCACUCCUGCCCACCAUUGAGGACUCAUCCGAGGAAGACGAGCUGAGGGAGGAAGAGGAGCUUUUGAGAGAACAGGAGAAGAUGAGAGAUCUGGACCUGCAGAGGAUCCGCAGCACAGCCAGGAAAACUAAGAGAGACAAAGAGGAGCUGAGGGCCCAGAGACGUAGAGAGAGAUCCAAGACUCCGCCCAGCAAUCUCUCUCCCAUCGAGGAUGCAUCCCCAACAGAGGAGCUGAGACAGGCAGCAGAGAUGGAGGAGCUCCACAGAUCCUCCUGCUCAGAGUACUCCCCUUCCAUGGAUUCAGAGGCAGAGGGCUUUGAAAUGAUGGGCUCCAAGCUCUACAAGUCAGGAAGCCACCACAACCUACCCACGUUCAUGUCUCUCUACUCCCCCACUGAAAAACCUACUGCCACUUCACCGUCUGACAAGACACUGAAAAGUGCAGAGGAGGUUUAUGAAGAAAUGAUGAGGAAAGCAGAGAUGCUGCAGCAGCAGCAGCAGGGACAGCCAGGAAGGCCAGGUCAACAACAAGGAAGUCCACAAAGGCAACCGGCUGGGGCACCUCAGCCUGGCAAUAAACAACAUCUAGACACUGGAGCUUCCCUAACACCUGGCUCCAGCCCCACACAGAUAUCUGCACCUGUUUCCUUCUCAUCAAACGACCCACGUGGGUCUGGACGAGGGAUCCCCCAAGGAAUCAGUGUGACACAGCAUCUAUCGAAAGAAACCCAAGACAGGAUGAGGACGCAGACUGCCAAAAUAGGGGGUGUUAUCCCCCCGGCAGCUGGAAGACCAGGUACUCAUGGACCAGCACAGGGGGUGCCUCUUCCUGACCCUGGAGUGCCCUCCAUCGCAUCCUCCCUCUUCUCCUAUUUUAAAGGCCCCAGUCCUCCUGUUUCCCCUGCUCCCUCUCCCUCACAGAGCCCCAUUCAUUCCCCGUCCCCACAACCCACAGGGCCUGGGGUGUCCCCACGACCCUCAGGGCCUGGGGUGUCCCCACGACCCUCAGGGCCUGGGGUGUCCCCACGACCCACAGGGCCUGGGGUGUCCCCACGACCCACAGGGCCUGGGGUGUCCCCACAAACCACUGGGCCUGGGGGGUCCCCACGACAUUCUCAACCUGGCGCUGGUGGCCCAACCUCCCCAAUACCGCCACAACAACAUGGAGCCCAGACGCCACAAAGAUCAGCGUCGCCACGCCUUGCAAGACAACAGUCCUCCUCCGACUCACCAGUAAUGGUGAUAACUCUGGGCUCUGAGACCACCACCAGUUCUGCAAAGCCUUUAACUGUAAACUCUUCCACUUCGCCCCUGUCCUCGCCAACACAGGGUAUACGUCAGCCCAUGUAUCAGCAACAUACUCCUUCAACAAGCUCCCCAACAUCCACACAAAUGCACCCACUGCACCAAACCCCUCAACCUGGUUUACAGAGGCCCCAAACUGCAGAGAGGGUUAAUGUUGGUAUGAGCAUGACAAUGACAACCACAGCUACCACAUACAGUCGUGGGUCAAUGUCAAUGGAAAAUAUCUCCCUAUGUAGAAUCUCCAAUGUUCCAGGUACCUCUAGGGUCGUGGAGCAGGGCCAAAUUCAAAUGCAUCCGACUGGACCUGCAUCUGUGGUGGACCUGAGAGCACCAAUGAAGCCUGCCCCAAUCAUCAUGACUGACCAGGGCAUGGAUCUAACGUCUCUGGCAACUGAUACAAGGAGGUAUUCUCUCGAUGCUGAACAACCACCCAGCCGUCACACAGCGGUGCAGGACCUGAAUGCAGCCAUGAACCUGAAUGCACAAGAGCAGCCGCAUGUGUCUGCGUCCACUCCAACAACAGUCACCGUGGCAGCCUCCAUGUUUAUAUCUCAGCCGAAGGGGCAUCCAGUGGUUUACGGAGAUCCCCUUCAGAACCGUAUGGAUCUGGGGCAAGGCGUGGGAUCAGCAAUGUGUCUUACACAAACUAAGACACCCAUCACUGACCCGUCCAUUCCUAAGAUUGACGCAUGUCUGGAGGAUUUGGGCAUCCAGCAGCAGCAACUCCAGAUGCAGCAGCAGAAGCUCCUACAGCAACAACAGCUCCUCGAGCAGCAGCUCCAGCAGCACCAGCAGUCCUCUUUCGCUCGCUAUAACCUAGCAAACCAGGUCCAGCCGCUGUUGCUGAAGAAAGACCUGGUGGUGAGCCAGACAAGCAUUGGCAUUGCUCAGCCUGUGGUCAGUGUCAGUGCAAUUCCUAGAGUAUCUCCCUUACCUCCUCAGCCAGUGUCUGUGGCUCCACCUUCCUCUAACACUCUGCAUGACUAUUGUCAGGGUGGGCUUGCUUUGGAGUUGAAGAACAAGCCCACGGUCAUGAACCUGUCCACGGGAAAGCCCCAUGUCAUGAUGGUCCAACUGGAAGACCGCAAUACAUCUCAGGUGGCCACAGUGACUCAGCUGGUCAAAGAGCCUCCUCCUCCUCCCCAGGUCCUGGAUCUCACUGGUGGACAGAUGCAGAAACCAGAGAACCAAGUGGCUUGUUGUGACGUUGUUUACAAGUUACCCUUCGCUGGUAGUUGUGCAGGGAACUUAACUCAGAAAAAUCUUACCACUGAACCUUCCCAAGUCACCCUUCCACCCCCUGCCCCACAUUACAGUGUAAGCCAGCAGCAGCAGCAGCAACAGCAGCAGCAGCAACAGCAGCAGCAGCAACAGCAGCAGCAACAGCAGCAGCAGCAACAGCAGCAGCAGCAACAACAGCAACAACAACAACAGCAGCAGCAACAACAGCAGCAGCAGCAGCAACAGCAGCAGCAGAAACAACAACAACAACAACAACAACAACGUCAACAACAGCAACAUCAUCAUCAUCAACAACAACAACAACCUGGAAAUAAUGGCUACCAGACAUCAAGCAUGCAAGGAGCACCAGAGGAGCUUAAACCAAUGCAGGGAGUCCCUCCAUACCCAAUACCCCCUGGAGGGAGACUUCAACCUUCCAUGUCUGACACCAACCUGUCUAAUGCAGGGCUUCAGUACUAUCAGAGGACUGACCCUGGGGACUUGGCUGUGGAUCUGAGCACCAUGAAUCAAACCUACGAAGGAGGAUAUCUUGGCAUGGGUGCGCAGUAUGGAUCCUACACAGACUUACGUCAUGAAGGAGAUGUCACAGGUCCUCCCUUACCCCUGCGAAGAUACGGCUCCAUGUCCAACAUCAACCAAGACUACGGCUAUGGUCAGGCAGGUUUACCGGACGCCAACCUGGCACAGUAUAGUGCCACCACUGCCAGGGAGAUCAGCCGAAUGUGUGCAGCUCUGAACUCUAUGGAUCAGUUUGGUCAACGGUACAGCAACCCUGACAUGAUGCAGUAUGGUGCUGGAAGAGGAGCAGGCCCUGCAGCCAGGCUCAACCUACAGCAAAGUUUAGCAUCAAUCCGAGCCAACCUACUCUAUGCCCCUGACGGCAGGCCCACUGCACACGGCCAAGCCCUAACCAAUCUGAUCAAUGCCAGACAAGCAAGCAUACGGGCCUUAUAUCCAUCUGCAAUGAGAGGAGCUGAUGGCAUGACAUACUCCACCAUCAACAGCCCAAUAGCCUCUACCUUGCCAAUAACCACCCAACCUUCCUCUGUUCUGCGACCCAUGCCACGAGGAAUAUACCGACCUUACCCUGCAGGCGUAACUGCUGUACCACUGGCUAGCCUCACUAGGUUGCCUCAUGUGACCCCAAGGAUGCCUCUGUCUACACAGGGACCUUACGGUUACGCUUCUCCCAACCAGUUUCCUACAACAGCGGGUGUUCCUGGAAAUGUACCUGACACAAGCACCUCCACCCAGGAAGCUCCUGUCUACCUUGGGAAGCCUUUGGAAACCGUCGCUGUGCACACAGCUGCAACUUUACCACCGGCCCACCCGGUUUCUCAUAUGGGUGGACAGAUUGUACAAACUACUGCAAUGGCAAUUCAGUCUGCAAACCAACAGACCCCCCAAACUCAUAUCCAAGUGCAGAAAGUUACGACACACCCCCUUACACAAACUCAAAUGCAAGCCCAAAUACAGCAACAAAUGCAGUCCCAAAUACAACAACAAAUUCAAACUCAAAUGCAACAACAAAUACCAACUCAAACUCAAGCUUUAUCCCUGACUCAAACCCAGUCCCAGCUAAUAACUCAGCCUCAGCCCCAGGCUCUAGUGCAGCACCAGACUCAGCUGCAGCCCCAGACCACACUCCAGGCUGCAGCAGCCAGCACCACCAUUGCUACUUCCGUAGACCCAGAGCUAGAAAAGGUAGAAGAGCGUUUGAGACAGCAGCAAGAGCAGAUGCUGCAGAUGGAGCGAGAGCGUGUGGAGCUGGAGAAACUUCGGCAAAUGCGCCUGCAUGAGGAACUGGAGAGAGACCGCAUGGAGCUCCAGAGGCACAGGGAGAAAGAACAGAUGUUGGUGCAGCGUGAGAUUCAGGAGCUGCAGACCAUCAAACAGCAAGUCCUGCAUCAGCAGCAAUCGGAAAGGGAGACCCAGCUGGUCAUGCAGAGGGAACAGCUAGCCCAGCAGAGGAUGCAACUGGACCAGAUCCAGUCGCUGCAGCAACAGCUCCAGCAGCAGUUGGAGGAGCAGAAGAGGCAGAAGACAGCAGUGGUGGAGGCAGCAGCUGCAGCCGCAGCAGCCGAGGCAGCUGUGGCAUCGGCAGCAGCAGCUGCUACAGCCACUACUGCUCAAGGGUUAGUAGUUGGAGGAGGAACGCCACAAGGUUUCAUCAUCUGUGACCAGAGUGGUAGGGUGAUUCAACAGGAGGGCCAAAGUGUGCAGUUCUGGCAACCCCACAUGGAAGGGCAGGUGGUCCAAACAGUGGUGACCCCAAGGCCUAUACCUAGCUCUGCCUCUGAGAUGUCCUUCAGAAAUAGUGAGGAUCAGGCGGAGUCCAGGGUCAUGAAGAAGCGGAACUCCAUGCCUCGUCUUAGGGACGAAGCAGAGGAGGAGCCAGUGAGGAGGAUUGCAGAUAGCUGCGUGCAGACGGAUGAUGAAGAUGGUGAGGACAGGUAUAUGAACCGUAGGGGCAGGAGAACCAGGCGCAUCGCCGACUGCAGCGUCCAGACAGACGACGAGGAUCAAGCAGAGUGGGAGCAACCGGUUAGGCGCAGGAGGUCACGCUUCUCCAAGCACUCAGACUCUAGCGCGGAGGUCAAAUCCGACGGAAUCUCCAAAGUGUCCUCCUCUAGCAUAGCCAUUCAGACCACCAACGACUCCUCGUGCCAGACUGAGACAGACCAGUUGGGCAGGGUCUCACCUGCAAUCCACAUCACUGCGGCUGAGACAAACAAGGUGGAGCUACUACACUACAUCUCUGCUCCUGAGAGAACCCAUAAGGGUGAGAGCUUGGCCUGUCAGACUGAACCAGAGGUCCAGUCUCAGGGAGUGGUGGCCCCUCAGCUCAGUGUCCCCACCACCAUCAGCCCAUACUCCACCACCAUGCAGAUGGUGGGCUCCACCCCAUCUCCUCCCCAAGGGGUGGCCAAGUUUGAAAGGAGGAAACCCGAUCCUCUGGAUAUCGGCUACCAAGGCCAGCAGCAGAACGACUCCCCAUCUCGCCAGCCUCCCAAGUCUCCUCAGGUGCUGUACUCCCCUGUGUCCCCACUGUCACCCCAUCGGAUGCUGGAGACCACCUUCACCUCCCAGGAGAAACUCAACAAGGCGCACGUCACACCCCAGCAGAAAGCCUUCACUGCCGAGUCCCCUCAGCGUCAUCAGAGCCUCCCCAGGCCCAUCAAGAGUGUGCAGCGCUCCAUGUCAGACCCCAAACCCCUCAGCCCCACCUCAGAAGACCCUGCCAAGAACAGGUUCUCACCGUAUCAUCAGCAGGCCCUCUCCAACAGUCAGGUAUCUACCAUUGUUCCUAACUCUCUGAUGAGAAAGGUGAAGAGGACCCUGCCUAGCCCUCCUCCAGAAGAAAGCCCUCUCCCCAUCGUCACCCCAGCCAUGUCCCACAUGUACAGCAGCCCCCCGGGGAUGCAGCCCCAGAGGGUGCUGCCAAGGCCUGCCCAGGGAGUCACUAAGGCUGGCCUGCUGAGCGAGCUGAAGGCCGUGGAGCAGGAGUCUACCAAGCUCCGCAAGCAGCAGCAGGAGUUGGAGGAGGAGGAGAAGGAGAUUGACGCCAAGCUGCGGUACCUGGAACUGGGCAUCCAUCAGCGCAAGGAGACCCUGGUGAAGGAGAGGGAGAGGAGGGAGCUGGCCUACAUGCGCUGCAUGGGCGACGCCCGUGACUACAUGUCGGACACCGAGCUUAACAACCUGAGGAUGGUUGCGGCCACGGGGACAUUCGAUGGUAACGGUCUGCUGACGAGGCCUAGUACGGCGCCUCUGAGCCAGUUCACCAACGACCUCGGCCCGGCCUCCCAGUACCCGCCCACCUCCUCCUACAUGGCCUAUCAGUACGCACAGAGCCAGCCCACGCCCACACAGCAGCCAACCGCUGCUUACCAACAGAUCGGUUUCCAGCCCCCUCAGUACCCAACAGCUGGCCAGCCCCAGCCAGGCACCUUCCAGCCACACCCACCCCAAGGCCCAGGUUACCAGACCCAGCCAGGCUACCCAGCCCACGGGGGCUAUGGCCAGCCAUCCUACCAUACAGACCUGGGCAUGCAGCAGCAUAGCCACCAGGGUUUCCAGCCUCCCAACCCCUCUAUCCCAGGCCAACACCUCCCCUACCCAGGCCAGAGCCCCUAUCCCGGCCAGGGGAUGUCCUAUCAGCCCCAGGCAGAGAUCCUUACUGUCCACCAGAGGCCUCGUCAGACCUCCCUGGCCGACCUGGAACAGAAGCUGCCCACCAACUACGAGGUGAUCAGUAACCCUGCCGUCUCCGUGGCCACAUCAGCUCCAGACACCUGCUUUGGCUCAGUCUAUGCCUCUAACACCAUGCCCAACGCCUACGGGCAGUACCGCCCCCCGGAACCUGUGCUGACCCACGGUGUGGACAGCCCCACAUCAGCCUAUGCUGCAGACGGCCUCUACACCUCCAACCUGGAGCAGAAUAUCCCCAGGAACUACGUCAUGAUUGAUGACAUCAGUGAGCUGACCAAAGAGAACACGGGCCCUGCUGUUGAUGCUCUUGGCCAUCCAAUAGGAGGACGUUACGGUGAGAACGGCCCCGUGCGCCAGACUGGCUACGGCAAUGAGCCUGUGGACCCGUACAUGCCUGCAGGCACCACGGGCUACCACCAGCAGGGCGCUGUGGACCCCCGGACCAGCACUACUGGGGGAUCUUCUUAUUACUAUGACGACUAUAAUAAACACCCCAGCACAACACGUCCAGGGGGCCCAGGGCCCCAAAAACACCCAUCCAAGAACCUGGCCCCUGCUGUGGUCUCCUCUGGUAAGCGCAGCAAGCACAGGAAGCAAGGCAUGGAGCAGAAGAUCUCAAAGUUCUCCCCCAUCGAGGAGGCGCGGGACGUGGAGUCUGACCUGGCCUCUUACACCAUGACCACCUCUACCGGCGGCAGCUGCACCGUGGUGUCCCGGUCCGGGGUGAAGAAGAGCGGCUACGACCAGCAGAAGUAUUAUGGCGGCCAGCCGGGAAGCCGGGAAGCCCUGGAAGAGGAGGACCGGAUGUACGGCUCGGGGAGAUCCCGGUCUACAGGCUACGGCAUGGACAAGAUCUCCUCCAGGGACUCCUCAGGCUACAGGAGCAAGUCCUACGAGAGGGAUGCCUUGGAGCGGUCUCAGAGAGGCAACCGCGGUGGACGGAACUCAGAGGAGGAGAGCCCCCUCAGCCCCAUGGGGAAGCCUGUGGGGAUCGGACGAGGCGGCACUGGGGUACCAGGGGAUCCCCAUGACGUGAGGAACCAGUAUGGCUCCAGCCACUCCCUGCCGGACGUCCAGGAUCACCACAUGAAGGACCUGCCCAGGAGCCACGUGUACAAACCAGAUGACUCAUACCUUGUAGACGACAUGCACGCAGCUGUGUCGGACAGCGAAGGUAACUGGUGCUGAAUGCCACUAACUGCCUGACCUCCUCUGUCUCUCUGUCUGCUGGAAAGAGUCUGUAUGCCAAGUGUGGUCUUCAGAGCAGCACGACGGCUCCUUCUAUUAUGUGACUGUUUGAAAAGACGUGCAUGUUGUGCCCAAUGCAUAAACCGCAUAUGCCUAUGUUUCGUAUAUCUUUUUCUGUUUUUGCAUGCUGAAAACAUUUCCAUUUUUUGAGUU